CUGAUUACUCCGACAUUCAUAAUCCAAAUAAGCAUCAAACUUCUCAUCUCCACAACCAAAAAAAAAAAAAAGAAUUAAAAAUCUAAAAAUUACAAAACUUACAAAAAAAAUGAGAGCCUCUACAAGACUCAUAUGGACAGUAACUGUCCUCGUACUCGCAGCUGUAUCAGAAGCCGUCUUUCCUCUACCAUUUAAUCCCUUCCUACCUGGAUCGCACAGCCGUAAGCUUGGGAAACAAGGGGGAGGUAGAAAAGGCGGAGGAAGAAGACGAGGCGGCGCAGAAGCUCAGACAAACUGGCCUGGUAAAUGGGAGUUAUUCUUGCCAAACUCGGGUGUGUCAGCGAUGCAUGCCAUUUUGAUGCCAGUCAUCAACCAAGUCCAGUUCUAUGACGCAACCAUCUGGAGAAUCUCACAGAUUAAGCUGCCUCCAGGUGUAGCAUGUCACGUGGUCGACCCCAAGAUUAACAAGGUCGAUUGUUGGGCUCAUUCGGUUCUCGUUGAUAUCAACACCGGUGUCAUUAAGCCUCUAUCCCUUACUACUGAUACGUGGUGCUCAUCGGGAGGUCUGACAAUCAACGGGACACUGGUGAGCACUGGAGGAUACGGAGGAGGAGCCAACACGGCGAGGUACCUAGCCGCUUGUCCAAGCUGUGUAUGGAUUGAAUACCCUCAAGCCCUAGCUGCAAAGAGAUGGUACUCAACGCAAGCCUCACUUCCUGACGGAAAGUUCUUCGUGAUUGGAGGACGUGACGCCUUGAACUACGAAUACAUCCCCGAGGAAGGACAAAACAACAAGAAGCUAUUCGACUCGUUGCUCCUAAAACAAACAGACGACCCGGACGAGAACAACCUCUACCCUUUCGUGUGGCUCAACACUGAUGGUAACCUCUUCAUUUUCGCAAACAACCGUUCCAUCCUUUUAAACCCCAAAUCAAACCAAGUCAUCAAAGAGUUCCCUCAGCUCCCGGGUGGUACCCGUAACUACCCCGGGUCAGGCUCCUCGGCGCUCCUCCCCAUCCAACUUUACAUGAACAACGCCAAAGUCAUCCCAGCUGAUGUCCUCGUCUGCGGCGGUUCCAAACAAGACGCGUAUAACCGUGCGGGUAAAAAGGACUUUGAACCAGCAUUGAAGGAUUGCGCAAGGAUAAGCAUCAACAGCGGUAAGCCGCGGUGGAAGAUCGAGAUGAUGCCUACGCCACGAGUCAUGAGCGACACCGUCAUCCUCCCUAACGGAGACGUGAUACUAGUCAACGGAGCUAAACGUGGAUGUUCGGGCUGGGGGUAUGGCAAGGACCCUGCGUUUGCUCCCAUCUUGUACAAGCCUCGUGUUAAACGCGGCACGCGUUUCAAGGAGCUAGCAGCCUCAGCCAUCCCACGUAUGUACCACUCCAUCGCCAUCGCUCUACCUGAUGGUAAAGUUCUUGUCGGCGGCAGCAACACCAACGAUGGCUACAGGUACAACGUCGAGUUCCCGACGGAGCUUCGCGUCGAGAAAUUCUCCCCGCCUUACCUCGACCCGGCUCUAGCCAACAUGAGGCCGAAGAUAGUCAACAACGCCACGCCGAAACAGAUCAAAUACGGGAAAGUCUUUAAGGUGAAGGUCGAGCUUAACCAAAAGGACGUGACCAAGGAGAAUCUCAAGGCUCACAUGUUAGCACCUUCCUUUACAACGCAUAGUAUCUCGAUGAACAUGAGGAUGCUCCUCUUGGGUGUGGCUAGUGUCAACCCUUCUGGUGGCAACUCUUUUGAAAUCCAAGCCGCCGCACCACCCAAUGGAAACCUAGCACCACCGGGUUACUAUCUUUUAUUUGCCGUCUACAAAGGUGUCCCCAGCAUUGGUGAAUGGAUUCAGAUCGUCUAAUGGGGAAUUUUUUACCAAUUUUGUCUUAUGCCAGUAGCAGCUUUACGUGAGAAUAAAUCUUAGAGCAUUGGUGAAUGGAUUCAGAUCGUCUAAUCACCAAUUUUGUCUUAUGCCAGUAGCAUUUUUAAGUGAAAAUAAAUCUUAGUAAUAAUCAGUAUUUUUUUUGGUUUUCCUUAUAUAUUUUGGUAUAUGCCAUGAUUAAUGUAUCCAAAUUCCUUAGUGUUAUCAAUGAUUCCUUGGUUCGGCCUAAUUUUCAUCAUAACUUUAGCCUCUUUUCCUUCUUAAUAUUCGAGUUUUGGGUAAACAACCCACUGGACGGUUCAAUGACUAGACUAUGUCGCACUUUUAGAUCCAAUCCUACUGGAUUGACUAAGAAAUUGAUUCUCAAUCAUUUGUUGCAUACAACAAUGGUAUUACCAUUGCAACUUACACAAUGCCUAAAUUCAUUUUUGUGUAGGUAUCUUUUAGUAUCAACACAUGU